CUCUGCUCUCCUGCCAGGUGCCAAGAAGAUGGCCUCCCCAGGUGCCCCAGGAACCCGCAUGACAUCCACAGUCAGUAUCAACAUUUCUACCCCUUCCUUCUACAACCCGCAGAAGAAGUUUGCACCAGUGGUUGCCCCUAAACCCAAGGUGAACCCCUUCAAGGCUGGGGGUGCGUCAGAGCCGCCGCUGCCCCCGCCUCCUGGAGCUGGCGCCCAGCGUGCUCAGAUAGGGAAGGUGGGGGAGAUCCCACCAGUGUCCAUGUCCGUGCUGGCAGAAGAGCUGCCACUGCCGCCUCCUCCCCCACCUGCAGAGGAGGCAAGUUUCUCCUCAAACUGUGCUUUUCCCCCCCCGCCACCACCCUUUGAAGAGCCUUUUCCACCAGCCCCAGAAGAAGUUUUUCCUUCUCCACCGCCGCCACCACCGAUGUUUGAUGAAGGGCCUGUGAAUACAGUACCUGCCCCACAGAUAUCUCCAGGAUCCACAGGUUCUCUGGAGAAACCAUUGGCCCUGAAAGCCCCUGUGGAAAUACCAUCUGCACCCAGAGACACUCCUCAUUCCUUUCCGUCCAAGUUCACUCCGAAGCCAAGUGGAAGCUUGCCAUUCAAGCCUCCUGGAGUGGAUUUGAGCCCUGCCCCAACCCUGUGGGCAGCCCCACAGCAACGCAAGGAGCCCCUAGCACCAGUCCCUCCGCCCCUCUCUCUCCCUCCUGCUCAGCCAACCCCUAAAUUCACCCCACUCCCUGUUGCUGGCGCUCCUAAGCCUGGGUCCAAGCCAGGUGCCAAUGUCCCCGUGGCCCACUCAAACUCUACAAGAUAUCCUACCUCCCUUCAGACUCAGUUCACAGCCCCUUCACCUUCAGGUCCCUCCUCUCGGCCGCAGCCUCCCAAUUUCACCUAUGCCCAGCAGAGGGAAAGACCCCAAGUGCAGGAGAAGCCGCGUCCCACAGAACAACCUGCUGCUGUGAAAGACAUGCAUAGACCCACAGGCUCCAGCGCAGAUCCACCUAGGGGAAAUUCCUGUCUGACCAUGAAGGAGGUAGAAGAGCUGGAGAAGCUGACCCAGAAACUAAUGAAGGAUAUGGAGCACCCGCCCCCAGCAGAGGCUGCCACUUCUGAGCUCUGUGGCUUCUGCCGGAAGCCCCUAUCACGAACCCAGCCAGCUGUGAGGGCCCUGGACUGCCUCUUCCACGUGGAAUGCUUCACCUGCUUCAAAUGUGAGAAGCAGCUGCAGGGGCAACAGUUCUACAACGUGGAUGAGAAGCCCUUCUGCGAGGACUGCUAUGCUGGGACCUUGGAAAAGUGCAGUGUCUGCAAACAGACCAUCACAGACCGGAUGCUGAAGGCCACUGGUAACUCGUACCAUCCCCAGUGCUUCACCUGCGUGAUGUGCCAUACCCCUCUUGAGGGGGCCUCUUUUAUUGUGGACCAGGCCAACCAGCCUCACUGUGUGGAUGACUACCACAGGAAGUACGCUCCACGCUGCUCAGUCUGUAGCGAGCCUAUCAUGCCAGAGCCUGGCAAGGAUGAGACUGUGCGUGUGGUGGCAUUGGAGAAAAAUUUCCACAUGAAAUGUUACAAGUGUGAGGACUGUGGGAAGCCCUUGUCCAUUGAAGCAGACGAGAAUGGGUGCUUUCCACUGGAUGGGCACGUGCUGUGUAUUAAAUGUCACGCCGCGCGUGCCACAACGGCUCGCUGAGGAGCUUGGAGUGGGCAUACCCGCA